AUGAUGAUGCUUAUUCGGUGUAUUUCAAUAUUUUUGCUAUUUGGAUUUGUGAACGCGUUGAUUGACGAAGCCUCAUGCCCAAUUGGAUGGCAAAUUGCCAGCGAUCAAUGUGUCCGAAUAGUCAUUGCUCCAGCCAACUUGAAACAUUCAAAGAAGUACUGCCAUCAUGAAGGAGGGGAACUAAUGGAUACAAGUGUUACACUUCUUUUAGAAGAUGUUAUGGAUUUGCUGAAGAACCUUCAUGAAAAUGGAUUAUCAGAGCCAACGUUUCAUGUUGGUGGCAUGGGACAGGCAUUGAAUAGAACUGAAGACGGAAAUUAUAAAAUAAUAACAAUCAAUCCAUCAUCACACUUUCCAUUCAUCUGCUCUCUGAAUAAAAUGGCUCGCCGAUCGUUGCUCUUUCAGCAGAAGCUUCUUCCAGUUGGUGCCCCACAAAUCAGUUUAACUGGACAAUCAGAAAUAUAUUUCCAUCCAAGACAUGAUGCUGAUUAUAUUGCAUUACCAUGCACAGUUCAAGGAAAUCCAAAACCAACUGUGGCAUGGUACAAGAAUGAUGUGGAAGUGCUGAGUCCUUCAAUGUCAAAUGUAUCAUAUCUUCUCUCUGGUGGAAAUCUUCUAGUUCCCGCAUCUUCUACCCUUGCUUAUUCAUCCUUCCACUGUACCGCAAGAAAUUCUCUUGGAGAAGUCAGAAGUCCUCCGAUCCUCCUGAAGCCUUCAUUCAUCGAUCCCUUCCGUCCACAUCGCCUGGACGUUUAUUCCCUAGCAACUGGCGGAGCAAAACUGGAUUGCGAUGCUCCAGCACAUCAACCAAAAUCAUUAACCUACUCCUGGUUGUACGGAUCUUCGACGGAUCGGAUCUUAAGUCAAAAUGAACGAAAGUUUAUAUCUUUGGAUGGAACACUUUUCUUCUCAUAUGUCACUGCAGAGGAUGAGGAUAGCUAUGCCUGCUCACUUUCUGUCUACUCUACACAAUCUGGGCACUAUGGACCAUUCUUCAGACUAAUUUCUUCCACUCCAAAACUUGUAAAUUCAACGUUCCCACCGAAAUUGGACUCUACCCAGCCUCAAAUCUUUCCUGAAGACCCAAAAGUUGGAGAUUCAAUUUAUCUGGAAUGUUUUGCAUAUGCCAGUCCACUUCCUCAGUAUAAAUGGUCUCGAGUAGAUGGGAAGCCUAUUCCAGCACGAUCGCACAUUUCAAAUUAUGGGCGAGUUUUGAAGAUUGAAAAAGUGAAUUAUGGAGAUGCUGGAAAGUACAAGUGUGUAGCUAUGAAUGCAUUUGGGUCUGCUGCUGGAGAAGUUCAUGUCAAAUUAAGAGCGCCACCAUCCAUCCUACAAGGAUUGCAUGAUCGUCUUGUUCCAACCGAGUCAAAUGUCAGCUUCGAAUGUCUCUUAUCAAAUGCUGAUAGUUAUUCAUCUGUGGAAUGGUUUAAGGAUGCAAAACCAAUUGUUCCAUUACUUCUUCCCGCUGAAAAACGAAAGCGUCUAAAAAUAGAUCACAACGUUCUUCACCUGAAGUUUGCUGAUGAAACCGAUUCCGGAGUCUACCAAUGUGUAGCUUCAAAUGAUGUUGGAAGCUCAUCAAGUUCUGCACUCCUAACAGUAAAAGAUUCUGCUCCAGUGUUCCCUCCAAAUGCGAUGUCGAGAAAAGUAUUCGCAGCAUUUGGAUCAACAGUUAGCAUACCAUGCAUCUUUGAAGCUUCGCCUAGAUUCCAUGGAAAAUGGGCAGAUGCUGGAGGAUCAAAGCUUCCACAAAAGGGAAGGAUCAGAGAUGAGGAGGGAGUUAUUAGCAUUGAGAAGGUACUUCAUGAAGAUGCUGGAUUAUUCUUCUGUACUGCUCAUAAUAAACUUGGAAAAGCUCACGCUCAAGUUCAAUUGAUCGUCGUAAAUAAGCCAUCAAUCAAGACAAACUUUUUGGAUGAAGAGACUGUAAACAUGAGUUGUGAAGUUGAAUUAACAUGUGAAAAUAGUGCAGAAUGCCCUGAAGCUCUAUUUGAAUGGAAAAUCAAUGAUCGACCAGCCAAGGAAUAUCCAUCACUGAAAUCAAAAGUUCAUGAGAAGAAAUCAGGGCACAAGGGACGUCACUUGAAGCAGAAAGUUGAUCUUGAAGUUCCAAAAAGUUUGGCAGGAAGCCGACAAAUCGGAAGAUUCGCGUGCUCAUCACUGUAUGGAGGAAGUUCAGAGUUUGUGACCAAACCUCAGCUCCCAUCACCAAUUGCGUUAACAGUUGAACAGAUGGAUGAGGAUGGGAAGAAGAAGAAAAUGUUCAGAUUGAGAUGGAGACUUCCACCUCAACAUAGGGAUACUAGAGAUCAUUCGCCAAAAGUUGAAGGAUAUCUUGUGGAACUUCGAACGCGUAAAAAUCGGAAAUGGAGAGCAGCAGAACGUCAACUAGUUGGGAAUAUGGAAAAGGACAGUAUCACUGUCGAGAAUCUUCUGCCGAACACUGAAUAUCAAUUCCGUGUCCGAUCAGUCGAAUCCGCUGCAAUUGGGGAACCAUCGAUUCCAAGUGAUUGGGUUAAAACGGCUCCUGGAGCCCCAUCUGAAACUAUUGAUAAUCUGAAAUGGAGAUCUUUGGAUUCACAGACGUUGCUCGUUGAAUGGCAGCCUAUCGAAAUAGGACAAGAAUCUUCUGGAGACAAUUUGAGAUAUCGAGUUUCAUGGAGUGAAGCUACAGUUGGAAAGAAUGCAACUGAUGAUAUGAAACUUUCAAAUCAAGAUGAUGACUUUGAAAAUCAUUUAGAUUCCGAUCAACCACAAGCAAUUUUGAAGUUGAACACCACCGAGGGCUGCAGGAUGGUUGUGCUGGCCGUUCGGCCAGUCAAUGAUCAAGGAAAUGGGAGUGUUGGCACAGAUACUAUUGCGUUUCUAAAUAGCCAUGGUGAACUCAAAAAAGUGUCACUUCACAACGUGAAACCAAUCAACGCAUCGCAUGUGAACAUCUCAUGGACAUGGGACAACACUUCCGAUUGUGAUACCAAACACGCCGUUCAAAUAACCUGUAUCAAUCUAUCGGGAUCCGAAAUCUCUGCAACUGUUGCCAGCGAUCGAAUAUUCUGGAUGUUGGGUGGACUGGAGGCAGAAACUGCUUACGAUUGUGAUCUAAAAGCAAUCGAUAAUCAUGGCAGUUUCGGGCCGGCUAGUAAGAAGUUCAGAAUUCACACGAAACAGCAUCCACCGAGUGAAACGCCGUUGAUCGGGAAGUUGAUGAUGAAACAGAUGAAGGAUACCUACACUACAAUUCUGGAAUGGUCAUCCAUCGAACUUCAGAAACCGAAUAGAACAGAAAAUGGAUGUGGAUAUAAAAUCUUCAUCUACAUAUCUGAAACUGCUACUGAAGCAAUUGAGCUUGACAUGCCACUGCAACGUCUUUCGGAUCGUCGGAAUCCAUCGGCUCGUCUAGAUGGAUUGAAGCUGAUGUACAUGUACACAAUUAAAGUUGCAGGAUAUAAUCCUGGAGGCAUCGGUCCUAUCAGCGAGCCUCGAAGUAUACGACUAGGUUCCCCGGGAACCAUGGAUUAUACAACUGGAAGCUCCGAUGUACCAAUUCCAUCUCUAUUGUUAUUAUUGUUAUUAUUACUAUGGAGACUCUAAGUUCCCAAUUCUUUCAUCCCAGUCAUGACUUGAAUGUUCUCUUUUUCUGCCAAAAACCUUUCUACAGAAAUACCGGUGAUUAUCAACUUGUAAUUUUUUAAUAAAUACAUUUUUUAUUGAAAUUA